ACAGUCUUCCUUAAUAGCAAACAGUCACGAGCCGGGCUUCUCCAGGCAGAAUUAUUUCUACCUAAGAAAUAUAGGCUUCAGGAGUAUGCCCUUUCUCUCACCCUUUUCAGAUUGCAUUAAAAGCAUCCACUUCAAGAAACUACAACUGUGUUUAUUCGAGUGUUGAAUUUGGAAGUAGUGCCGGGAUCCCUGCCACGGCACGCUUGAACCAUGAAACCCAGAGCCUAAUGAGCUGUGUGUGGGCCCUGCGUUCGGUGAUAUCCCGUCUCAAGAUGCUGCUAAUACAGUAGUUAAUUAUUCGUAGCUGAAGAAGUCUAACAGGAGCAAAAGGAACUGGGGAAAAGCAAUGGCUGCUGCAGCUGAUGGUUUGGGAAGUAUAGCUAUAGAUACCACACAACUUAACAUGUCAGUCACUGAUCCGACGGCUUGGGCUACAGCUAUGAAUAACCUGGGGAUGGUUCCAGUAGGGCUAGCUGGACAACAGCUUGUGACAGAUUCAAUCUGUGUACCAGGCUUUGAUCCAAGCCUUAGCAUGAUGACUGGAAUCACUCCAAUUAACCCAAUGAUACCAGGCAUGGGGUUAGUGCCGCCACCACCACCAACAGAUGUGCCUGUAGUCAAAGAAAUAAUUCACUGCAAUCUUCCACCACCUUCAACAAGAGAGAGACCUCCUGGGUGUAAAACAGUGUUUGUUGGAGGAUUACCAGAAAACGCAACGGAGGAAAUUAUUCAGGAAGUCUUUGAGCAGUGUGGAGAUAUAACGGCAAUUCGGAAAAGCAAGAAGAAUUUUUGUCACAUUCGUUUUGCAGAGGAGUUCAUGGUUGAUAAAGCCAUUUACCUUUCUGGUUACCGCAUGAGAUUAGGAUCUAGCACAGACAAAAAGGAUUCAGGUCGCCUUCAUGUUGAUUUUGCUCAGGCAAGAGAUGACUUUUAUGAAUGGGAAUGCAAACAAAGAAUGCUGGCCCGAGAAGAACGCCACAGACGCAAAAUGGAAGAAGACAGACUGCGCCCUCCUUCUCCUCCGGCAAUAAUGCAUUAUUCUGAACAUGAAGCUGCUUUGCUGGCUGAAAAAUUGAAAGAUGAUAGCAAGUUUUCAGAGGCCAUCACGGUGCUGCUUACCUGGAUUGAGCGAGGCGAGGUGAAUCGUCGCUCUGCAAACCAGUUUUAUUCGAUGGUGCAGUCGGCCAACAGCCACGUCCGCCGGCUCAUGAAUGAAAAGGCAGCUCACGAGCAAGAAAUGGAGCAAGCCAAGGAGAGUUUCAAAAAUGCCUUAACAGGGAUCCUCACUCAAUUUGAGCAGAUUGUCGCCGUUUUCAACGCUUCUACCAGACAAAAAGCUUGGGACCAUUUCUCGAAAGCCCAGCGAAAGAACAUAGACAUUUGGCGAAAGCAUUCUGAGGAGCUCCGAAAUGCUCACAGUGAACAGCUCAUGGGAAUCCGCCGGGAAGAGGAGAUGGAAAUGUCUGAUGAUGACAGUGGUGACAAUCCCAGUAAAAAGCUGAGAGUGGAUGAUUCAGCUCUAGCCGCCCAAGCGUAUGCGCUAAAGGAAGAGAACGAUAGUCUUCGAUGGCAGCUGGAUGCUUAUAGGAAUGAAGUGGAGCUCCUGAAACAGGAGAAAGGACAGCUCUUUCGAACAGAAGAAAGCCUUACGAAGGACCAGCAGCUGCAGUUCCUGCAGCAGACGAUGCAAGGCAUGCAGCAGCAAUUGCUGAGCAUACAGGAAGAAUUAAAUAACAAAAAAUCCGAACUGGAGCAAGCCAAGGAAGAGCAAACACAUACACAAGCGAUGCUUAAAGUCCUGCAGGAACAGUUAAAAAGCGCCAAGGAACUAGCAGAAAUCAAUGGGCAUGAUGAAUCUCAGGCAAAUGAAAUCAAUGUAUUGACAGUAGCAUUGGUCAACCAAGACAGAGAAAAAAAUUCAGAGAAACGAAGCCCAGGUCUAAAAUCAGAGAAAGAGGCACUAUUAAUAGGUAUCAUAUCCACAUUUCUUCACGUCCACCCUUUUGGAGCCAAUAUAGAAUAUCUUUGGUCUUACAUGCAGCAGUUGGACUCUAGGAUCUCUGCAAAUGAGAUAGAAAUGCUUUUGAUGAGACUGCCACGCAUGUUUAAACAAGAAUUCACUGGUGUAGGAGCAACACUGGAAAAGAGGUGGAAGUUUUGUGCCUUUGAAGGAAUUAAAACUAUCUGACUGUGACUAGUAAUGAAGCUAUGCAGAAGACGAAUUCCUAGAGCAUGGCAGGGUUAUAAAAUAUUAAAGUAAGAAAUUUGGGUUUGGGCACAUAGUAGUAUGUUUUCAAAGUUAUCCAAGCCUAAUUUUAGUUACAUUUGUGACGUUCUCUUGUGAGUGGAAAUGUAGUUGUGCACCAGUUCCUAAAAUAAAAUAAAAUUUUUUUAAAAAAGUUUCAAAAUGUGACAGAUCUGUUUCCUAUGAAAACUGAAGAAAGAUGCCACAGUCAUAAUGAUUUCAAAAUACUACAUGUCCUACUUCUAAGAAAAGCUCAUUGAGCAAACAGUUAAGGAGAAAGAUUGCCCGGUUAUGGUCGCUAAGCUACAGCGAUGUAUAUGUAAUAUGUAGUAGAACUCAUUAAGUUUCGUUAUUGAAAGUUCUUUCUGUUCAGUGAGAAAAUUGAGUAAUUUUACAGUGAGGAAAAGCAUACCAAAAGAAAACUUGAAGAUGUGUCUGAAGUUAUUGUAUUUUGUAAAUUAAGUUAUAUGCUGUACCAGGGAUUUUUGCCUUAUUGAA